GCAACCAGACUGGGAACGCCAGAGUGCCCUACGACUGCGCCGCGUGCACAUCCCUGCCUCCUCUCUCGAUCGCUCGCCGGGACCACUUAGAUAGAUCAUCGGUUUUCCAACCAAAGUGUAUCGCGAUCCACGGGCAACGCGUCGAUAAAUCACAAUUGCAGUUCUUCUUCUUCUUCUUCUUCUUUUUCCCAGUGUUUUCAAGUGCGUUCUCGUGCGUUCCCGAACGCGUUCUUGUCGCUCUCCUCUCCUCCAUCCUGUUGGAUCUUUCGAAUUUUUGGAUCCAGAGUGAGAGAGAGAGAGAGGGAGAGUUUUUGGACGUCAACGGAAGAAAAGAUCGUCCACGAUCCUGCUUCUCCUCCCAUCGGAUAACUUUCGCGAUUCUAUCGUGAUCGUCUACCGGAGGAAUUCGUAAGAGGAAUCCCCGCGUUCGUAAAAUGCGCGCACCCUGACGAGCUACCGAUAAGUGACACCGAGUUCAUCGAGGGCCUGUAUCGAUCGUUCCUUCCAUCGAGCACCAUCGAGCACCUUACGAUGCCCGCUCGACCAAAGGGUUGAGGAUAACAUAAGAUAAAAAGGAAUCGUGCGCGGGAAGAAAGAGUUUUCGCGAAGAUCGCCGAAGAGAGAGAGAGAGAGAGAGAGAAAGAGAGAGAGGAGCGGAUCGAAAGCGAUGCGUUGAGCCAUCGAUCACGGAGCGGCGCGGGGAUGAGCGAGGCGUUCAAUUAAAUCGUUCCAGAAGCGCGAGCGAGAGAGAAGGAGAGAGAGAGAGAAAGAAGAAACGGGGGGAGUUGCGUGACUCGGUUGGAAAAUAUUAGUCGUGGAGACGCGGCUUACGAUGUCGCCUCUCGUUUUCGCCAUACCGAAUCACCGGUCGCGCUGAAUCACAGGACGAUUGUUGUUCCUCCUCCGCUCCGAAGAAAUUCAACCGGACACAACAAUUCCUUCUUUCGAGGUCCGCUUCUCCUCUUUCGUUUCGAGGCUCGAGAUCCUCGAGGAAAGAUAGGAGGAGGAGGAGGAGGAGGAGGCGAGCGGGCAGCAAAAAGAAAGAAAAAAAAAAAAAACGAUCGACGAUCGCUCGAUCAACGCGUCCAUGUUCUAGCCUGGAGCGUCCCCGCCGAUUGAUUUGGCGCGCGCGUGACGGGAAAGAGGAACAAGGGACUUUGGAGGUAUUCCAAACGGCGGAUAUAUACAUCGCGGACGAUGAAGUGGUGCUUAGUGAUGCUGAUUCUGGCCGGUGUCACGAGGGCCGACAAUUCGGUCGACGCGGACUAUUCGAUCCUCAAGUGUCCGGACCUGAAUUCCCAAGAGGAGAUCGAUUUGAACGAGAUAAUGGGAAAGUGGUACGUGGUCGAGGUGUUGGAGCACAAAGUCGAUCCAUCGAAGCCCAACGGCUCGUACAAGGUCAAUUCCUGCCCGAUCGUCAAGCUGAGAGCGGUCGAGAACACGUCCAAGUACCUCUCCUCGUUGAGGCUGUUGUGGACCGAGGAGAUCGGCGACCUCGAGUACACUUUCCGGAUACCGGACGUAUCCAGGAAGCCGGGCUUUUGGAUUUCCACGUCUGUGCAAAAUGGUACACUGGUGGAGAGGGGGUACAAGCAAUUCAGCGGGAACGUGCACGUGAUGAAGGCCGUCGCCUCGGACAUGGUGCUGACUUUCUGUUCCCGGAACCCGGACAAUCAGCUGUACUCGUUGCUACUCUCGCGGGAGCACAUCUUGCAAAAGAGCGACAAACGAGGCGUGCACAAUCUGCUCGGUCGCCGUGGCCUCAAGAUCGUCAAUAUCCGGGAGACGUGCAUGAACAACGCUGCCUGGAGAAGAGGAUCCUUCGAUCUGAUCGGGUGGUUGGCUCUGAUAGGGGUGUUAUCCUCCGUUUUCUUCGGUUCCUGGUAGUGGUGGUAA